AUGACCGGGCUGUGCCUCUCCUGCCUGCUCUGGCCCCAGGACCUGGAGGCCCCCCCGGCGCACGCCUUCAAGAUGACGAGCUUCAAGAAGGUGAAGGCGUGCGGGAUCUGCCGGCAGGCCAUCACGCGCCAGGGCAGCACCUGCCGAGGCUGCAAGCUCUCCUGCCACACCAAGUGCCAAGCCAAGGCUGCCACCCCGUGCUCCCCCGCUGUCAACUAUGAGCUGCCGUCCCCAGGGGAGAGCAUCACCCAGCAGGCGGACACCCCGGACACCACGAAAUCCCCCAGGAGCGGGCAGUCACGCCGCAAAACAUCCAGGAGCAUGAGCGUGACGGCGGCGAUGGAGAGCAGCUGCGAGCUGGACCUGGUGUACAUCACGGAGCGCAUCAUCGCCGUCUCCUACCCCAGCGCAGCCGAGGAGCAGAACUUCCGCAGCAACCUCCGCGAGGUGGCCCACAUGCUGAAGUCCAAGCACGGGGACAACUACGUGCUUUUCAAUCUAUCCGAGCGGAGACAUGACAUCAGCAAGCUUCACCCCAAGGUGCUGGAUUUCGGGUGGCCCGACCUGCACACCCCGGCGCUGGAGAAGAUCUGCAGCAUUUGCAAAGCCAUGGACACAUGGCUCAACGCGGCGGGUCACAACGUGGUGGUGCUGCACAACAAGGGGAACCGUGGCCGGCUGGGGGUGGUGGUGGCAGCCUACAUGCACUACAGCAACAUCUCAGCCAGCGCCGACCAGGCUCUGGACAGGUUUGCCAUGAAGCGCUUCUACGAGGACAAGGUGGUGCCGGUGGGACAGCCCUCCCAGAGGAGGUACAUCCACUACUUCAGCGGGCUGCUGUCUGGCAGCAUCAAGAUGAACAACAAGCCCCUCUUCCUCCACCACGUCAUCAUGCACGGCAUCCCCAACUUCGAGUCCAAAGGCGGUUGCCGGCCCUUCCUGAAGAUCUACCAGGCCAUGCAGCCCGUCUACACCUCGGGGAUCUACAACGUGCAAGGGGACAGCCAGACGGGCAUCUGCAUCACCAUCGAGCCCGGGCUGCUGCUGAAGGGCGAUAUCUUGCUCAAGUGCUACCACAAGAAGUUUCGCAGCCCGACCCGCGACGUGAUUUUCCGCGUGCAGUUCCACACGUGCGCCGUGCACGACCUGGACAUCGUCUUUGGCAAGGAGGACCUGGACGAGGCCUUCAGAGAUGACCGCUUCCCCGAGUACGGGAAGGUGGAGUUCGUGUUCUCCUACGGCCCCGAGAAGAUCCAAGGCAUGGAGCACCUGGAGAACGGGCCCAGCGUCUCCGUGGACUACAACACCUCCGACCCGCUCAUCCGCUGGGACUCCUACGAGAACUUCAACAUCCAGCGCGAGGACAGCGCCGAGGGAGCCUGGGCCGAGCCGCCGCUGCCUGCCAAGCACCUGGAGAAAGAGGUUGGGCACACGCAAGGGCCCCUGGACGGGAGCCUCUACGCUAAAGUGAAGAAGAAAGACUCCCUGCACGGCAGCACCGGCGCCGUCAACGCCGCCCGCCUCCCUCUUUCGGCAACUCCCAACCACGUUGAGCACACGCUGUCGGUGAGCAGCGACUCGGGCAACUCCACCGCCUCCACCAAGACCGACCGGACGGAUGAGCCGGGGGCACCCGGGGCACCCGGCGGCCACACGGUGCUGAGCCCCGAGGAGAAGCGGGAGCUGGACCGUCUCCUCGUCGGCUUCGGCUUGGAGAGCGCGGCGCCCAUGCACAACCACGCGCCCGGCCCCGUGCCCGCGCGCGCGCCCGCCGUGCCGGGUCGCCACGUGGUGCCGGCCCAGGUGCACGUCAACGGCAGUGCCGUGCCGCUGGUGGCCGAGCGGGAGACGGAUAUCUUGGACGACGAGCUGCCCAACCAGGACGGGCACAGCGUGGGCAGCCUGGGCACGCUGUCCUCCUUGGACGGCACCACCACAGCCAGCGAGACCGGGUACCACGAGGCACCGCGGGUGGGCAGCCUCUCCUCCCUGCCCAACGGGCCGGCGAGCUACAACGGGGCUGAGAAGAUGCUCAAGGAGGGGCUCUACGAGGUCGAGCCGCUCUCCAACGGCACCUACCCUUACGGCAACCAAAACGCCCUGGUGGGCCACCACCUCCGUGACCCGCUGGCUCACUUGCGGCCCUCGGCAUCUGCGCAGGAGCACCUGGCCGCCUACCCGCAGCGGCCACCGGCCACGGCCUCCCCAGGCUGGCUGCAGCCCCCGGCGCCCCAGCCGUACCUGUACGGCUACGACCUUCCCGGCGCCCACCGCUCGCAGUCCUUCCCGGCCGUCGGGACGGCUAAAUACGAAGCGAACCCGGCACUGCCCCAAGCCCCUGCUCGCAGCACCAGCAGCCGGGAGGCCGUGCAGCGGGGCUUGAAUUCCUGGCAGCAGCAAGGCGGCAGCCGGCCACCUUCCCGGCUGCAGGACGGCGGCUUGGAGAGCCACAGCCCCAGCCUGUCCAGCUGCAGCCCCCAGGCCAGCCCGCUGCAGCUGGUGCCCCCGCACAGCCACAGCAUGCCCGAGUUCCCCCGGGCGCCCUCCCGCCGGGAGAUCGAGCAGUCCAUUGAAGCGCUCGAUGUCCUCAUGCUGGACCUCGCGCCCGCCGUCCACAAGUCGCAGAGCGUCCCUGCGGCUGCCUGCCCGGACAAGCCGGCCGCCUUGCUCUCCUCGCUCUCGGCGCAGCCGCUUGCCAGCCACUAUGCCCAGCCGGCCCCGCAGGUGGCCCAGCCGAGGUCCUUCGGCACCCCCGUGGGCUCUGAUCCCCUGGCCAAAGCCUACUCUCCUGGCCCAGUAGCUCCCAUGGGACGAGGCAUGAUGGAGCCAGACUACACCGUGCACGAGUACCGGGAAACCUAUACACCCUACAGCUACCAGCCGGUGCCGGAGCCGAGGAGUUACGGCCAUGCCGUUGCGCCGGCGAGCGUCCUCCCGCUCAGCACCUCGUAUAGCCCCGUGGGGUCCCAGCAGCUCCUCGUCUCCUCCCCACCGUCCCCCACCGUCCCCGCACAAAGCCAGAUGCCCCCCAAGGGACUGGAGAGCUACGAAGACCUGUCGAGAUCAGCGGAAGAACCCUUGAAUCUGGAGGGCCUGGUGGCCCACAGGGUGGCAGGGGUGCAGUCCCGGGAGAAGCCCCCGGAGGAGAGCGCCGUCCCUGCCCGACGGCGAACCCCCAGUGACAGCCACUAUGAGAAGAGCUCGCCGGAGCCCAGCUCGCCCCGCAGCCCCACCGUCCUCUCGCCCGAGGUGGUCAGCACCAUCGCGGCCAACCCUGGAGGGAGGCCCAAGGAGCCUCACCUCCACAGCUACAAGGAAGCCUUCGAGGAGAUGGACGGUGCCUCCCCCAGCAGCCCAACCUCCGGCUACGCGGACCCCGUGGCCGACCUGCUGGACAAAUGGGGGGCUUUCCGCGCCCGGCUCUUCCGCGAGUCGUGCGUCUUCCACCGCGGCAACUACGUCAAGGACCUGAGCCGCCUGGGCCGCGACCUGCGCCGCAUCAUCAUCGUGGACAACUCGCCCGCCUCCUACAUCUUCCACCCGGACAACGCCGUGCCGGUGGCCUCGUGGUUCGACAACAUGGCGGACACGGAGCUGCUGGACCUGCUGCCCUUCUUCGAGAGGCUCAGCAAGGUGGACGACGUUUACACAGUGCUCAAGAAACACCGGACUAACAGCUAG